GAACAAAAUUGUAGUCAACACAGUUAAAUACAGUAAACUUUAAUGCACAAUCAUGGCCAAGGAGGAGCCCAUUAUGGAUGGCCCAAAGCGCAUGCAGAACGAUCUGAAGAUAAUGCUGGGUUUAAAAGAGCUGAAACAGCUGCAAUUGUUGGAACCGGAAAAGGACAACAUCUUUAAGUGGAAUGCCCUCUUAAUGCCCAAUACUCCACCCUUUGAUAAGGGCGCCUUCAAGCUGGAAAUGGACUUUCCCAAGGAUUAUCCCUUUAAGCCACCGCGUCUGCAUAUCAACACCAAGAUCUAUCAUCCCAAUGUGAAUGAGCGUGGUCAGGUUUGUCUGCCCAUUUUGGAAGUGGAACAUUGGAUUCCCACCUCACGCAUGGACACCAUUUUAAAUGUUCUGCUGGCAACCAUCAAUGAUCCGCAGCCCGAUAAUCCCUAUGUUCCAGAUAUUGCCAGUCAAUUUGUGAACGAUCGUAAGAAAUUCUAUAGCAUAGCCGAAGCCUGGGUGACCCGUUAUAGCGAUCGUCGGCCGACGGAUCAGGAAUUGGCCAAAAUAGCAAGACGCAAGAAAAAAGCAGCUCAGCGUUAAAUAAUAAAACUUUUGGAAAUUUUCUCAGUGU